GUUUCCCCAAAUAAAAUACUAUCAUGAGAGAGACACAGAGGAGAGCUAUCAGCGAGACAUAUAGGAGAGCUAUCGGCAGACGCAGAGAAAAACGACGGAGAGACGCAAAAGAGAUUUUCGAUCGGCGUUUUUCAAAUCUGGGAGAGCUACAAAGAGACUUCCAACUGCAGCAAUUGUAGAGGAUGAGCUCUAGAUUUGGGGGCGAGUUACUGUAGACUAAGAUAGGAGAGGAAGAAGAAGUAUGUCAGCAGCCACGCCGUCGUCAUCUCACCCUAAUUGUGCCAUCUUCGUCGCAAUCGAAGCUUCACAGAGGUGGAGCUACAGAUCCGUCGUCUCCAAGGUCACUUCUAUCACCACAGCCACAUCGUCGUCACCUCACCGUCUGAAUCGGAGCCUCUACGCAGGUCAUGUCUGAUUGUGGAGGUCGAAGCUCGCGAGCAGAAGUUCGGAGAUGGAGGGGAAUCAGUUCGGCUAUGGAGGAUGGAAGGGUGGUAGGCCAUAGGUGAAUGGGAUGCAUAAGAAAGAGAAGGACGGGUUGAAAACCAACAGGAAGAAUGAGGCGUUAGAACAAGAAUGUAGAUCUAGUCACUUUUUUGUCGAGAUAUAAAAAUGAACAUGUUUUUGUAUUUCACAAAAUUAUAGGUAAUAUAUGUGUCCUUAUUCCAUAUUGUAUUUUGUUAAAUAAAAUCGGUAACAAAAUACAUGUAUCAAAAAUAUGACUAAAGAAAAACUAAAUGGCGGGAAUAUCAUCAAUUGAGCUUUAAAAUAACUCAUGAUUUUGAUUGUUACCAGAUGAGCUCCUCAUAGACAUUAUUACCAACAACAUUUAUCAAAAUAAAGAUGAGUCUGAAAAUGAGAUUAACCUAUACAUUAUAAGGAUGUUUUUUUUAUAUAUAGUAUAUAUUAUAAAAAAUUACAAUGUACCUAGUCCAAAAAUUAUUUUGGUCGCACGUUAACACCAAAAGCCCCAAACCGUUCUUCAUGAAGCCCGCAAGCUGUAGACUUCCGAUGCUGCCAGUCUCUCACUCGCCUCACCAGACUCCUCACCCCCCUUUGUCGUUACCGUCUUGCUGGGUCAAAGGUCGAGCGGGGGUCUUUGGCCCUCCAUUGAUGUUGAUGCAUUGCGGUUGAUCGACCAAUGCUUUGCCUUUUUAAUAUAGUAGAAAACUUUGGUCCAUCUUUUAGGAGAUCCGAGUUGUAUAGACUUUUAAUGCAAUACUAUUUUUACCAUAACUGUGACGUUUUUAAGCGGGAAUUUGAUCAUUUUUCUACCUUGCUCUGUAUAUAGAUUAUAGAUAGAUGUUUAUUGGCGACUAGGCUCAAACACCAAUAGCCAAACAUAGCCAAUAUACUCCCUCCGUCCCUAUAUAAAAGUAUCCAUUCGUUUUCCACACAUUUUAAGAAAGUGGGUUUGGUUGGUACUGUUUGACACUAUUUGGAUAUAGUUUGACACUGUUUUGCACUAUUUUGCACUAUUUUGUUUGUCAAAAAAGAAAAAGGAACUUUUAUUUAGGAACGGUUCAAAAAGGAAACAUAUGCUUUUAUUUAGGGAAGGAGAGACUAUCACUUUUGCUCAAUUCCAUUUUAAAACAAUUGACAUGGGGCUGAAGUUGAAGAAUUCUAAAUUCGCAUGGGAAUGACGGGAUGAAGCAAAAGCAUGAUGCAUUAAACGGGUCAAUCUGGACCCAAACUCCAAACUGAGAACCACCCGACACCGACUAUUGACUUUUCCGGGUGACCCAUACAUAUGAUCCGCUAGACCAGAAAUGCCCAGAAAAGGCAACAAUCCAAACCCGCGUGGCCCCACUUUCCUUUCGGUUUAAUUCGUUUCCGUUGAUUCUCUCGCCGAUCGCACGUUAACUCCUUUCCCCACCGCUUGCACGCGCCACCGUUACCGCGAACCUCCGCCGGAAGAUGGGAAUUUCAUGGAGUAAACGACAGCAGCAGCAUCCGCAGCAGCAACUUCCACCGCCGUCUCUCUCGCAACUUCCGCCGCCGUCUCUCUCGCAACUUCCACCGCCAGAGCAACCUCCAUCUUCAUCCAGUCCUCCUCCGCCCCUCCCUCCGCCUCAGCCGGCACUACCGUGCGUUGUUUUCGGAGCUAGUUCACCCUAUCCUGCUCCCUCCCAGAACCCUUAUUCCUCGAUCCCCGAUCCUUACACGCGUCAGUCCACAGGUCCCUUCAAUCAUGGCUACAAUCAAACCAACCGACCUUUUAUUUACCAUAGCAAUUACCACCCCCCCUAUUACCCACCACAAGCUCAUGGAUGGUAUGGGUCCCGGCCCCCUCCGCCACCGCCUCCGCCCUUACCGGCAGUUCCCUAUGUAGAUCACCAGAACACAAAGAAGAUCAAGAAUGACGUAAAUGUGCACAAAGAUACUAUAAAGCUAGAAGUUGAUAUGCUCAAUAAGGAUUGCCAUUUGGUGUCUUUUAUUUUCGAUGCAAUGGUGGAUGGAAGCAUUUCAAUUUUAUACUUUGGUAAGGAAGGGACCAACUGUAAAUAUACUCCAGUGUACACAGAGAUAAAACCAGUGAGAGUACCUUUCCAGAAAGGAUUGGGCCAAAAGUUUUGCCAGCCUGCGGGAAGUGGCAUUGAUUUGGGCUUCUUUGACAUAAAUGACCUAUCGAGACCCCUACCUGGAGAAAAUGCUUUCCCACUUGUUAUAUUAGCAGAGUCAUGUCUGCCAUCAACAUCGGUUGAGGAACAUGCUCUCGAUGAGCUACAGUCCAAUAAUUUUAUGCAUGCUCAAAUCACAGAGGCUGUUAUAGAGAGGCACAGCGAUGAUAAUUUUCAAGUGAAAGUUGUGAAGCAGAUAUUGUGGGUUGAGGGGGUCCGUUAUGAGCUGCGUGAAAUUUUUGGGAUUGGCAAACCGAAUGAGGCAGCCAUAAAUGAUGACUCGGGAAAAGAAUGUGUCAUUUGCAUGACUGAACCAAAGGAUACAGCAGUUUUGCCUUGUAGACAUAUGUGUCUGUGCAGUGAAUGCGCCAAGACUUUAAGACUUCAAUCAAACAAGUGUCCAAUAUGCCGUCAAACCAUUGAAGAGCUUCUGGAGAUUAAGGUUAAUGAAGGUUCAUAGGCAUCACCAAAAGCUUGGAUAUGGCAAGGCAACAUGUAUACCUGUCCGUGGAAGAUUAAUAAUCAUUGCCGCUUCCAGAAUAGUUUUGUAACAACGUUCCCUAAUCAAAGUAAUCAGUGACUAUAUUCACUACGUGGUGUUGUAUAUAAUAUGUGAAUUGGUACAGUUAUAAUUGUUUUUCAAUUAUUUGAUCUUAUCUUCAUCUAUUUGGGGCAUUUUCAUUCUUAUUAAUGCUCUCUCUUCCUGUCAAUUAAUCGUCUGCA